AUGUCUUCUCGUUAUGAUGCAACUGAAGAACUUUCUGGAGCUGAGUAUUUGGCCAGCAUUUAUGGAACAGAAAAAGAUAAAGUCAACUGUUCCUUCUUUUUCAAGAUUGGCGCUUGUCGACACGGCGAUAAAUGUUUACGUGCCCAUCACAGACCAACAUUCUCCAACACUGUUUUACUCAAAAAUUUUUAUCAUAGUCCAGCACUUGCACAACCUGAUGCUUAUGAUAAUUUGAGUUUGUUUUUAUUUUUAUAA